AUUUGGCAUCUGACUUUAGCGCUAUGGUGGUUUCUUAAAGGUUUUAUGUUGAAGUAGGUUGUAAACUUAUGUUGAUGAGUUUAUUUAUAAAAUUUCAUGGUUAAAUAAAAGAAAUAAUAUUUAAAAGUAUUUGUAAUCAUCUACAUAUUACAAUGGAAACAUACCAACCCAUGGAAAGAGUUAUUAAGGAUGAAACAAUAGACAUUUUUGAAAAUUCUCUUUGGAAUAUCAAAAUAAAACAAGAAUUUUAUAAUGUAGCUCAUAGUGGCCUUGAUCUAAUCAAACAAGAUUCAAUUGACGAUUUAAAUAAUGAUCAAAUAUUUGAAAAAUAUGAAGUUUCAGUAAAAACUGAAAGUGAUAUUCCCAACAACUCUAACUUAUGUUUCAAUGAAAAGAAGUCUAGAUAUUCAAAAUUGAAAUCAGAUAGAAUCAAAAUAAAAGGUUCGUUAAUAAAAACGACAAAAUUAAAACACAACGUGUACAAUGGAAUUGCAAUUUGUGAUGUUUGUGGUAAUAUGUAUACAAAGCAAACAGACUUUUUUCAUCAUUUGUCAACAAAACAUCUCGUAAUACAGAAGAAGUUACGUGUUAUCAAAGCGAAAAAGUUAAAAAAAUCGUUUCAUCACACGAGGCAAAAACCAUUUAAAUGUGACAUUUGUUCGGAACAAUUCUCAGACGAAGAAGUCUUCAAUAGACAUUCGGUUUGUCACACUGUAAAUAAACCUUUCAAAUGCGACAUCUGUCCAAAGUCAUUUUCACAUAAAUGCCAUUUAAAUAGACAUUUACGCGGUCACGCUGGAUAUAAACCAUUCAAAUGUGAUAUAUGCUCGAAAACGUUUUCUCAGAGGGGGCAUUUAAAUGCCCAUUUACGUUGUCACACUGAAGAAAAACCUUUCGAAUGCAACAUUUGCAUGAAGUCAUUCUCACGAAAAGAAAAUUUGAAUAGACAUUUAUAUAGUCACACUGGAGAAAAGCCGUUCAAAUGUGAUGUUUGUAUGAAAACUUUUUCUCAGAAGGGGCAUUUGAAUGUACACUUGCGUUGUCAUACAAGAGAAGAAAAAUUCAAAUGUGACGUUUGCUUGAAAACAUUUUUACACAAAGGUCAUUUGAAUAUACAUUUACGCCGUCACACUGUAGAAACACCAUUCCAAUGUGACGUUUGCUUAAAGCUAUUCUCCUAUAAAUGCUACUUAAAUAGACAUUUACGUUGUCACACUGGAUACAAACCGUUCAAAUGUGAUGAAUGUUCGAAAUCUUUUUCCCAAAAAGGGCAUUUAAACGCACAUUUACGUUGUCACGCAAGUGAAAAACCAUUCGAAUGUGAUAUAUGUUUUAAAUCGUUUUCACAUAAAGGUCAUUUGAAUAUCCAUCUGCGUCGUCACACAGGAGAGAAAACAUUCAAAUGUGAUAUUUGCUUGAAGUCGUUCCAUCAGAAAAGUCAUUUAAAUAAACAUUCGUAUAUUCACACCGAAGAAAAACCAUUUGAAUGUGAAUUUUGUUCGAAAUCUUUUUCACAAAAAGGAUAUCUUUAUAAACAUUUACGUUAUCACACAAUAAAUAAAACUAUUUAAUAUGUCAUUUGAUGGCAAUUAUUUGCAUAAAUUCUCAUAUACACAAAUUAUCAGUUUAUCAAAUUUUUAAUGAAAAUUGUCAGUAAUUCGAAAUUAAAAGAUCGAAUUAAGUCAAAAAAAGAAGGCGAAUGUAUUGACAGUUGACGUUUAUAGAUGACAGUAGAAUGUUUAUAUUGAAAUAUUUUUAAUUAAAGAAAAUACUACAAAAAUAAAUUCAAAGAGUGUAUAAGAAUGCAUAGAUUAGAAAAAUUAUCAAUUUUUGGUUUCAGUUAAAGCAAGCUACACUUCGUGCAAUGCAUUGUUUUGAAAAUAAUAUUGCUUUCAAAGUAAUGGUAUGUACAUUAUUUGUUUCAUAUUAAAUAUGUAACUGAAAAUUCUUUCUUCUCAUACAUUUGAAAAUGGUAUUAAAAAUAAACAACUUCAUUAAUAGCAGCAUUUUUUAAUUGAAUACUGUUUUUUCAACAAUUUUCUGUAACUGAAACUACUAUUUCUGGCUAUGAUUACAAAUAGUUAUAAUCUAGAAAGGCAUGUCGUUAUUUAUUAACCAAUUAUUGUAUUUAGAUGUUAAAUAAGUGAUUUAUUCAGAAAAGUUUUUGUUGGUUCAAUAAAUAAUAUAAUUUGUAUGAUCUAAAAUAUAUUUAUUUUGUAUAAAAACUGGUUAUCAACUCGAUUGAUUUCAAAAAUGUAGUACAAUGUUGUUGUAGUAGUUGAAACUAUCAUGUAUGGCUAUGCUAAUAUAUAAUUUUUUCAAA